AUUCAGGCCCCUUACAUAUAAAGUCCUUUUAUUAACAUUGUUUCUGCCAGAAAUUAGCUCCAUUUCAGAAGAACAUGAAGGAAAAGAUUGUGAUCGAUCUCACUCUCAGCACUGAUAACUGUAUCUCAAAGGCCAUGCAGAUUGCUGUAAGAUGUGCAGGGGUAAUAUCAGUGAAUACAGACAAGGAAAAAGGGCAUUUGGUGGUAAUUGGAGUAGGGGUUGAUUUCUUCAAGUUGAUGAAAUGCAUAAAGAAGAAAUUUAAUUGUGCUCGCAUUGUGAGUGUUGAAGAAGUGAAACCCGAAAAGAAACCCGAAAAGAAACCCGACCCUGAUCCGAAACCAUGUUGCCCUCUAAUAUGCCCUCCAAGCCCAUGUGUGCAGUAUUAUCCAGUAUGCCGACCCGAUUAUGAUUCUCAUAAUCAAAAUUGCCUCAUUAUGUGAGAGACACCCAAUUUUAAUUCAUUGCAUUGUAUUAUAAUGUCCAUAAUUAUUAUUAUU